GGCCAACUCCCCAGCCAUGGGCAGCGAUACCUGGCCUUCUUUGUUGAGCCGUUGCGAUGUGCCACGUGUCAACGUGCGUGGCAUGGACUGGGCGGCGUUCAACGCGAUGCCUGGUCUUCGUCAAAGCGGAGGUGUGAUGCUCACCGGGCUUUUUGAUGACGAAGAACUGUUGCAGUGGCGACCGGAGGAGGUGCUGCGACGCCAUGGCAAUGAGACCUUCUAUGCGGACGACACGCGGGGAAACUACGCCCAUCCCAAAUUGGGCGACUAUGUUCAGGCGCAACGCAACGAGCGCAUGAUCUUCGUCUCGGACACCCUGCGGGGCGCCUUUGGCCGCGCCUGGCGCUUUGCGCGGCGCGCGCGGCGGCGGAAGCUCUGGGAAGACUUCGCGGAGCGGCCCAUUUUCUCGGUGGGCGUCCGGGGUGGCGCAGUCCCCAGACAUGACGGGCACCCUGAAACCUGGCAUGCCCUGCUGAGCGGCAUCAAGGCCUGGUGGCUUCAGAGACCACCCGUGGCCGCGGGCGCCGCUUUUGAGGGUUGGGAAGAUCCCUGCGGCGCCAUCGAGUCCUUGCUGCAGGCGCCCGAGCCGGGCGUGAAACUCUGCGUCCAACAUGCUGGGGAGGUGCUCUACUUCGGCGACGACGUGGAGCAUAGCACCUGCAGCCUGAGCGCUUUCAGCCUGGCCGUGGGCGCCCAGGGCCACACCGAGACCUGGCCCGCGCUGCUGCGGGCGGCGAACCGAGGGGACCUCAAGGAGGUCCAGCAGCUCCUGUCGCCUUCGCCGGGCCUUGCGGCGGCGCUGCGGCAACGGGCGGGGCGCUACGGGCACAGCGCGGUGCACCGCGCGGCGUUGCACGGCCACGCGGAGGUGGUCCGGGAGCUGCUGCGGGCACGGGCGGAGCUGAGCCGAGAUGAUGAAGGUUUAUCUCCCAGCUUCUUGGCUGCCUUUAGUGGCCACGUGAAGGUGCUGAAAGCCCUGGGUGAAAACGUGGUGGCCGAGCGCGACGGGAAGGGAGCGAGUCCGUUGCAAUGGGCAGCAACGCAGGGACACCUGGCCGUGGUCGACUUCCUGCUGUCGCGCCGUGGCGACGUCAGGGCCACCAACACCUUGGGCGGUGGCGCGCUGUCGGCGGCGGCCACCACCGGGCAGGCGGAGGUGGUGAGGCGCCUGGUGGCCGCCCGGGGCAAUAUGGAGGAAACGGAUCAUGCAGGUAUGCAGCCCUUGCACUGGGCCUCGCUUCACGGACACCUGGAGCUACUGCGGCUCUUAUUGGAGCUAAGGGCGUCACCGGCGAAGGAUCGGAAGGGGAAGACUCCCUUGGAUCUUGCGCAGGGAGCUGCACGUGACCUCCUGAGGGCGAGGCCGCGGAUCAAGGCCUCAGGCAACGAGCUGUGAAAACAGAACUGGGAAGCCAGGAGGGAAGGGUUUGAGCCAAAAGAUGGGGAUGUAAAACUGGAAAUACAAUGGAAAAUCAUGGAAAUACGAG